CCCUUACUGAAUCAAAUUCACUGCAUCUACAGUUGCAUAUAAAUUUAUCUGGGCAAUGUCUCUGGCGCGUGCGAUCCUAAGGUUUAAACCGUAGGACACAUGAUUUUUGCACUCAUGAAUUUUUCUGGUUAGGAGGAGAGUUCUUGGAAAUGAAAUUUGUUUUGACAAGGGAAGGAUUCGAAAGUUCAUUGUUGAACUAGUCUCCCAUUUCCAUAUUUAUUGCCACUUUUGUUUCUGGUUUUUUUUGGUUCCCGCCUUUUAGCUCCUAUACUGUGAAGAAGGGUCCUGCAAGCUUGGGUUUGCGACGAAGAGAGCGGUCGUCUUAUGAGUAUAGGCUGUCAUGAAUGCCAGAGUCAUAGACCCAUUCAAGGGGGAUUUCCCGGAGGUGAUAGAAGAGUUUCUGGAGAAGGGCACGGCCAGAUGCAUUGCGUUCAAUCGCCGAGGAACCUUACUAGCAGCUGGCUGCACAGAUGGAGCCUGUGUUAUAUGGGACUUUGAAACCAGAGGAGUUGCCAAAGAACUCCAUGAUGAUGACUGUACUGCAUCCAUAACAAGUGUGUGCUGGUCCAAGGAUGGCUAUCGAAUACUGACAUCAUCUGUCAACAAAUAUCUGACACUGUGGGAUGUUUGUCAGGGGAGAAAACUGACUCGUGUCAUGCUCCAUCAGACUGCCCUGUAUGCUCGUCUUCAUCCUGGAUCAGCAAAUCCAUCUUUGGGCUUAGCUUGUCCCAUGUCAAGUGCACCUAUCCUUGUGGACUUCAAUUCAGGCAGUCAACAUGUACUUCCCUUCUCAACAGGUACAGAACCAGUUCAUGGUUCUCGGAGUAAAUUUCCAGAUGGAAGUGUAGUUUUUUCUUCUGCUACGGCAACCUUUAACAAAAAAGGUGAUUUGAUCUAUGUGGGAAAUUCCAAAGGGGAGAUCCUGAUUAUUGAUACACAAACUAGACGAAUACAAGCUCUGUUUCAGGUUCCUGGAGGUGCAUUAAUUAGACAGAUUGUCUUUAGUAAGAAUGGAAUGUAUCUACUCACUAACUCUGGAGAUCGUACAAUUAGGGUUUUUGAGAAUUGUUUACUACAGAAUAAAGCAGCUCAAGCUUUAGAAAACUUAAUUAAUGGUUCAGGAGACAGUGCAAUGACUGGAAUCAUGAAGUGGGCGGGAUCUCAAUGCUUAACACUUUCUAAGGAGUUUCAGGAUGCAGUUGAUUGUCUCCCAUGGAAGGUUGCAUGUUUCAGUGGUGAUAGUGAGUGGAUUGUUGGUGCACCUGCUAUCAAAGGGGAACACAAGAUAUUUAUAUGGAGCAGGCAAGGGAAACUUGUCAAAAUAUUAGAAGGACCGAAAGACAGCUUGACAGAUUUGUCAUGGCAUCCUGUAAGACCACUAAUGGUUUCAGUGUCCUUGUCAGGAGGGGCUCUGUUUAUUUGGGCUAAAGAUUAUACAGAAAAUUGGAGUGUUUUUGCUCCAGAUUUCAAGGAGCUUGAGGAGAAUGAAGAAUAUGUUGAAAGAGAAGAUGAGCUUGACAUGAAGCCUGAUACGGAGAGGGUUACAACUGCACAUGUGGAUGAAGACGAGGAGGUUGAUAUAAUGACUAGAAAAAACUAUUUAGAUUAUAGUGAUUCAGAUGAUUCAAAUGAAGGGCUGCACUAUUUACCUACAAUACCAUUGCCGGACAGUCCUAAACAGCAGGAUCAAUCUUAGAAAUACCUUCUAAACCUGAAAAUAUCAUUCCUUAUCAGUUAGAUAGGUCACCUACCAUACAAAAGGAUCUCAUUUUAUUGCUUUUAAUAUAUUAGUUUUAAUUUAAUUUAUCAUGCAAAUAUGGUAGAAUAUAUUACAGCUCAUGUUUAUGGGUGAUGUCCUGGUGAUUUGAACUAUUACAUCUGUAGUCUAAUACAAUUGCAACAACAUUUAUCAUA